AGGAGGGGAGAGGUAGACGGUAUCUGCACUUGGUGUGAGAGGUUCCCAGUGCUCCAACUUGCAGCAAUAGAAGAUCUUUGUUUCCCUGUGAAUUCCUCUGUGGAAGAAUACCUUAUUAUUCAAACUGACUAUGGCAGCAGCUUUUGAGAUUACUGGUUUCUUGAUGGGGCUAGCAGGGUGGAUGCUUACUGGAUCAACAUUGGCAAACAGUUACUGGAAGAUUUCUACUGUUUACGGGAGCGUAAUUACAAGCUCACGAUUGUAUGAAAAUCUAUGGAAAAGCUGUGCCCAGGACAGUACUGGCGUCUUCAACUGUCGGAUGUUUGAGACAAUGCUCGGUCUUUCAGCGUACAUCCAAGCAUGCCGUGCUUUGAUGAUUAUUGCCAUCAUUCUAGGAUUUAUUUCCUCAGUAGUGACACUGUUUGGCCUGAAAUGCACCAGCAUUGGGAACAUGGAUGAGGCAGUCAAAGCGAAGAUUGCAGUGACAGGUGGAAUUAUCUACAUCCUUGCAGGUCUAUGUGGAAUAGUACCAGUUUCCUGGUAUGCCUACAACAUCACCAUGGAGUUCUACAACCCGAUCUACGCUGGAACUAAGUAUGAGCUGGGAUCUGCCCUGUACAUUGGAUGGGCUGGGUCUGCUCUCCUUAUCCUGGGAGGUUCUUUCUUGUGUUGUUCCUGCAAAACAGUCAAACAGAAUGAAGGCUACAAGUACUCUGCUGCUCAAGGUGGGCAAAGAAUUUACACAAAGACAGAAUCAGCCCAGUCAAAAGCCUACGUCUAAACCAGAGACUGUCAAGGAAAAAUGCCUUAUUUUUAUGUUACUCAGGUCUUCAAAUGUCUUUCAAGAAAAAGAAAUGUGUUUUCAGUCCAAUCAUUAUGGCACUCCGUGAAGCAUCAAAAUAAGUAAGACAGAUUGCUGAAAACGCAAGAGACUGCAGAUGCUGGAAUCAGGAGCAAUAAAUAACCCGCUGAAGGGAAUCAGCAGGUCCAGCAGCAUCUGUGGGGGAAAGGAAUUGCCAAUGUCUUGAGUCCUGGCUCAGUGUGAAACGCUGACAAUUCGUUUUGACCCACAGAGUUCCUCUAGCAGGUUGCUUGUUGCUUCAGGUAGAUUUCUACAUUGUACUGCUGAAUGCUUUGAGUGUUUAUUUGUGACAAUGCCAGAGUUAUUUUGUUUCAGUUUGCCUGGAGAGCAUGAGUUCAAUACAUCCAGCAUGGGAGUGCAGAGUGAUACUCCUAUCUCAGUGUGACUUUAGCAUUUGGGGUCCAAUGGGAAUCAGUGGACUAGGAAUCAACACCCUUGAGGUGAGGGAAGGGAGAGAAGAGCUUGCAAGAAUAUUUAACACAAAUAGCUCUCCACAUGUUUGGUUAUCCCAUGAUUUAAAGAGGCAGUCAGUGCCUAUUGGAAUGGUAGUUGCUGCAAGAAGCCUCCAGCAACCGUGUCCACCUUCACCUUCACCUCUCCCUCAUGGGUCCUGCUUCCUCUUGUCUUGUUUAUUUCCAUCUAAUAGCCACCUACCCCUUUUUUCAGCUCUAUACUUUCCCCUCACCCACCUAGCCUGAUCUGCUCCUCAUCCUUCAACCACCCCCCUCAGUCUACUGAUGACCUCUGGCCCCUGCCCCAACACCCCCAAUCUUCUCUUUCUAUUGGCCAUUUCCCAAGGUUUUGACAUGAAACUUCAACAUUUCAGUUCCCUCAUGGAUGCCGCUCAAGCUGAUGACUUUUUUUCCCAGUAAAUUCUUUGUUACUCCAGAUUCUAGCAUCUGCACUCUGUUAUUUUAAGGGUUUAUCCGAGCUUUUCCAUUGUUAGGGGCUGUUUUGACUUUUCUGUGGUUGGGAUUGACACAUUUAGAUCAAUGUGAGUGUCUUGAGUUUCAGCUCCAUACAGGCCUCACUAGAAUUAAGUUCUGCACUGGCCACUGAAUGAGUGGAGUCUGUAAGGUCUGAGAUUGGCUUGGCUCCACAUAAGCAGAGUAUUUAGAUUCCAUCACUGAGCAAUUACAGUACAGUUAUAUUAAAAGCUUUGACUUGUCUCCCACAAAAGCUAAUGAACAUAAUAUGCUGAAGUCCGUCAAUAAUCUAUUUCAAGUCGGGAGGGAGUGUGGCUUCUGCCUUUGUUUUGACUGGCUGAACUAAACUAAACAGAUUUCCUCAUACGUUUAAACAUUGUGUGACUGCUGUUUAACACACCACUGUUACCUGUUAACAUGAGUUACAGAGACUCAACAAUGCAGGUUCAGUUCAGCAGAACAGAAAGAAAUUGAGGGAAAAGUUGAGCAGCCCCUAGAACCUGUUCUUCUAUUCCAUAAUUUCAUAGCUGACUGUGCAACUUAACUGUACUUUCUGGUCCAAUCUUGACUCUCUUAAUAAUCAAUGAUCAGUCAAUUGUAGUGUUGAAAAUACAUAGAGACUGAGCAUCCACAACCCGAUGGGAUAAAGGCUACAAUUCAUCGAUCAUUGAUUAUUAAGUGAAUCAAUAUUGAACCAAAAAGUACAGUUAAGUUAUACAAAAUUCAAUCUCCCCUUAUUCAUUUAUGACCAACACCCAAUCUGGGCUAUAACCCUAAUUGUCCCAAUUAACCUUUUGCAAAGAGGAAAAUAUGACACCAAUUAAUUUUGCAAGCCUUCCACUCUCUGUAACACUAAUAACUGCUACUAAUAAAUCCAUGGAGAGAGGGCUAGCUGCCUUAUAGCUCCGGAUACAUAAAGGUUAUCAGGAAAUUUCAUGAAAUUACACCACAGUUGGCAAAUUUAACCCUUCUUUAUUUCUUGCAACGGAUAAUCCAUAUAGUUCAACAGGUCAUAGAAAUAGAAAGCGAAAGAAAUAUUAGUAAUUAUUAAGGCAGUCCUUUCACUCAAUAAGAAGGUAUUUAUCAGAUAAACAUUUAGAUAUUGAACCCUUUUUAGUCUUAAAAGUGUCCACUGCAUUUUAUCAUCUUUGAUUGAGUACAGGAAGUGGAAUGUUAUGUUGAAGUUGUACCAGACAUUUCUGAGACCUAAUUCGGAGUAUUGUGUUCAGUUUUGGUCACCUACCAACAGGAAAGAUGUAAAUGAAGUUGAGAAAAAACAGAGAAAGGAUGUUGCCAGAUUUGGAGGACCUGAGACUUUUAAGGAGAGAUUGAAUAGGUUAGGACUUUAUUUAUUGGAACAUAAAAGAUUGAGAGGAGAUUUGAUAGAGGUAUACAAAAUUAUGAGGGAUAUAGAUAGGGUAAAUGAAAGCAGGCUUUUUCCACUGAGGUUGAGUGGCAGUACAACCAGAGGUCAUGGGUUAAGUGUGAAAGGCCAAAGGUUUAAGGGGACCAUGAGGGGAAACUUCUUCACUCAGAGGCUCAUGCAAGUGCGGAACAAGCUGCCAGUGAAAGUGGUUCAACGUUUAAGCGAAGUUUGGAUAGGUACAUGGAUGGUCGGGAUAUGGAUGGCUAUAGUCCUAGUGCAGGUCAAUGAGAGAAGGCAAUUUAAAUGGUACAACACUGACUAGACGGGCUUAAGGGCCUGUUUCUGCACUGUACUUUUCUUUGACUCUAUGACUCUAUGUUUCAUAUCUCAGUGAACUAGAGCCUAGGAAUUCCAUCCUGGGAAUCAGACUCUUGGAUCAGUGUGGAUUUGUGGCAUAGCCACACAAUUUGUGAGGAGUUCACCAGGAAACAAAAAAGACUCUGGCUUUGCAAUGCCUGACCACUCAAUUCAGCUCUUCAGAAUCAGGACUACAGAAUGACAGUAACUAGGAAUAAACACUCAGAAACAAUACUUAGAGACAGAAAUAGGGCAUCAAUUUCAAUUUCAACAUAUUGAGGACAAAAUCAGGUGUAUUGUCCCUAAACUAACAGAAUAAAGUCAAGGUGAAGGUCUAAAAAUAUUUGGCCUGACUUUAUUUUAUAAUGUGGAGUGCCAUGGACAUCCAAAAAAACUUGUAUUUUUGGUUUUCUGUUAUUUAUGUACCGCUAAUGACUUUAAUGCAAUGUUAUAAUUUUCAUGUAUUCCAACUUAUAAAGAAACUACUGCUAUCAAUUGUCUUCAAUGAAACUUUAUAUCAUCAGGGGAGUAAACGAGCAGCAAACACUAUGCCAUUUGUCUAAAGCCAGCAAGCAUCUCCUAACCUGAAGAGUUCAGAUGCCAGGUUUGGUUGUGUGGGAAAUAAGACUAUAUUAUAGCAGGCUAUUGGGCAAAUAGAAGAUAAAGUCUGAAGUGCCUUUAGGUGAUCCAGCCCAAAAUGCAAUUACAAAUAGUGUCUCAGAACCAACAUCAAAACAAAACAGCUCACAGGAAGAAUGUGUCUCCAGAGCUUACCACAUUGGUUAGAACCCUGCUGGAGUUGAGGUCGUUUUGAGCACCACAUGUUAUGAAUAAUGUCAAGGCCUCAAUAAAAGGCAGAGUCCAUUUCAAGAAAUUGAACGGGCUAAGGAGCUUCAGCAAUAUACAAAGAGCUGAUGCUGAAUGUAUUCAGCAGAUCAGGCAGAAUCAUGGAUCUAGUUAAUGUUACAGGUCAAUGACCUUGUAAAACUCAGUGAUACUCAUUCAAAAUUAAAUCGGCAUGGGCCAGAGCAGGGGGAGGGGAGAAAUUGGAAAGGACUAGGAUUUCCUUGACCUCCAUGCAGAUCUCACACUGUGGGAGCCCUGAUGAUUGAGAGGCAAGGGUGUAACACUCUAAAUCUGUUCACUCUGAUUACCAUUCAUUUUUUUAUGCUUUUAUUCUGGAGUUUACAUGGUUGAAAUUACAGAAUUGUAUAGGCCGUUCUUUGUUAUGUAUGCAUUUUUUUUUCUUCUUGCUUUUAGGUAGUUGUUAACAAGAUUUACAAAAAAACUGUUCCUAAUUAUUACAUAUCAGUAUGUGCUUCAAAAGAAUUUGAGUUUUGUUCUUAUUGGAAUUUAGCCUAGAUUUUAAUAAAAUUAUUGGCAGACAUUGGUUUAUUUAGAUA